UCCCUAGCUCUCAGCUCUGUGAGCCGAGCCGAGCCGAGCCGAGCCGAGCGGACCACCUGGCCAGGCUGCCCGGGUCCACACCGACCGCCAGCGGCUGUCCCCCCUGUCUCUCCCUCUCUCUCUUAUCGCCUCUGUGGGGUUAAAACCACGGGUAAUACGGGACACACCGGGGAGAACAAAUGCGCAUUUACCUGCUCGCGUAUCAGUGGACGUGAGGACAGGAGGACCGAGCCAUGUCUGCGCCGGGCUUCACAAACCUGAACAGCCCCGUCAGCUACAGCCAGAACCCGGCGCCGAACGGCGGAGCAGCGGCCCCCCACCAGACCGGUCCAGUGCAGACCUAUCCAUCCAUGUAUCCACCUGCAGGCUACUAUGGAGCCCCACCUCAACCACAGAGCUACCCCACUACUACUACUACCACCAUCCCUGGCCAUGCGCCUCGUCCUCCUCCUGCUGCUGCUGUUCCCAACAAAGCAUCCAUCAUGAACAGUACCCACGGUGCUAGCUACUACCAGAACAACCAUCAGCAUCAGCAACAACAACAACAACAACAACAGCAGCAGCAGCCUCCUCCUCCUCCUCCACAGCAUCAUGUAGCACCCUCACCAUACACUGCCCCUCCUUCUCAGCCAUACGCCACCCUCCCCUCCUCAGCACCUCCACCGUCAAACGCCCAGUACAACCAACAAGCAUUCCAGCAGCAUCCACCCUACGCCACUCCAGGAUCCUACUACGGACAGCAGCAGUCGUACCACGCAUCCCAAACACAGCGGCAGCAGCAGCAGCAGCACCCGAGUGCCCCCGGAGCUCCCCUCUACCCGAUUGUUUCGUACCCGUCUGCAGCAGGAAGUAGCCAGUAUGGCACCCUCAGUUCCUCCCAGGCCACCUCCGCGCCCGGAGUCUUGCCCGCCACCCAGAUGGGCGCGCCGUUGCAUCAAUUCGGCGGCGCUCCUCCGCCCCCUACGAGCGCUGUGCAGCCUGGUUAUGGAGCCGGUGCUGCCGGUCAGAUGGCGCCAACAGUCAAUGGUCAAGGAAGCACGGGCCACCGACGCUACGACCAAAGCCACCCGACCGCUCUGAGCUACGAUUCCUACGGUGGCGUCACCCGAAGCAGCAGCAGCAGCGGUGGUGGUGCAGACGUGGACCGACCGCCCUCAGGAACCCCCUCCACUUCAGUCCAUUCCUCGCCGGGCCACCACCGAGGCAUGCAGUACGGAUAUGUUGCUAAUAGUGGAGCUAGCUCUGCCUCUGCCGCCACCUCUGGCCCAGCAGCAGCCCACUCGUCAUCCAGCUCUGAGGAUGAUGAUGAUGAGGAGGAGGAUGAGGAUGAGGAAGCAGGUGGUGACACGUCCUCUUCCACGACUGGUAGCGCGUCUCCGGUGCCCAACAGCUAUGAUUCCCUCGAGGGAGGCAGCUAUCCUGAUUCGAUGCCACCUUCCAACAACAUGACCAACCCGGCUCAGUCCUACGGUAGCUAUGGUUACCCCGGCGUGCAGCCGGCCUAUCGACAGGGUCCGGCCUCCCACACUGACGCCUCCCCCUCCCACGACCUGUACAGCCAGUCUGGCUACCAGCAGUACUCCCAGGCGUUCCCCAACCUCUCCCAGCUUUCUGCAGCGCUGGGCGGCCUGAGCGGGGUCCCAGAGCUGGAGGUGGAGUGUCUGAGGCCCGUGAACCUGCUGCAGGAGAGGAACCUGCUGCCCUCCAGGCCCCUGGAGGCACCCGAACCCAACCUCAGCCCCGACCUCAAGAAGGUCAACUGUAGUCCACAGACUUUCAGGUGUACGCUGAGCAGCAUCCCCCAGACCCAGGCUCUACUCAACAAGGCCAGACUCCCCCUGGGCCUCCUCCUCCACCCCUUCAGAGACCUACAGCAGUUACCAGUGAUCACAUCGAACACGAUCGUGCGCUGUCGCUCCUGUCGCACCUACAUCAACCCCUUCGUCACCUUCCUGGAUCAGCGAAGGUGGAAGUGUAACCUCUGCUACCGAGUCAACGACGUACCUGAUGAGUUCAUGUACAACCCGGUCACGAGAUCCUACGGGGAACCACACAAGAGGCCAGAGGUGCAAAACUCCACCGUGGAGUUCAUCGCCUCCUCAGACUACAUGCUGCGACCUCCUCAGCCGGCGGUUUAUCUGUUUGUGCUCGACGUGUCUCACAACGCGGUGGAGGCCGGUUACCUGAAGUACUUCUGUGAAUCGCUUCUCGACAAACUGGACAAGUUACCCGGAGAUACACGCACCAGGGUCGGCUUCCUCACCUUCGACAGCACCAUCCACUUCUACAACCUCCAGGAGGGACUGUCCCAGCCCCAGAUGCUGGUGGUGUCGGACAUCGACGACGUCUUCAUUCCAUCUCACGACAGCCUGAUGGUGAACCUGAAGGACAGCAGAGAGCUGGUGAAGGACCUGUUGACGUCUCUUCCCGCCAUGUUCAGCCAGACCAGAGAGACCCACAGCGCCCUGGGUCCUGCCUUACAGGCCGCCUUCAAGCUCAUGUCGCCCACCGGGGGACGCGUCUCCGUCUUCCAGACUCAGCUGCCGACGCUCGGCGCCGGGAAGCUGCAGUCGAGAGAAGAUCCCAAUCAACGCUCCAGCACUAAGGGAGUGCAGCACCUCGGCCCAGCCACAGACUUCUACAAGAAGCUGGCGCUGGACUGCUCAGGACAACAGAUCGGAGUGGACCUGUUCCUGCUCAGCUCCCAGUACACGGACCUCGCCUCGUUAGCGUGUAUGUCCAAAUAUUCGGCGGGCAGCGUCUUCUACUACCCGUCGUUUCAUCACAUCCACAACCCGGCCCAGUUGGAGAAGUUCCAGAAAGAUCUGGAGCGCUACCUCACCAGGAAGAUCGGCUUCGAGGCCGUCAUGAGAAUACGAUGCACUAAAGGUUUGUCCAUCCAUACGUUCCACGGUAACUUCUUUGUGCGCUCCACCGACCUGUUGUCCUUGGCCAAUGUGAACCCAGACUCUGCCUUCGCUGUCCAGAUGUCCAUCGAAGACUCUCUGGCCGACUCGUCUCUGGCCUGUUUCCAGGCCGCUCUGCUCUACACGUCUUGUAAAGGAAAGAGACGUAUUAGAGUCCACACACUGUGUCUGCCGGUGGUGAACCAGCUGAGUGACGUCUACGCCGGAGCCGACGUCCAGGCCAUCACCUGUCUGUUAGCCAACAUGGCCAUCGACCGGUCGGUGUCGUCCAGCCUGUCGGACGCCCGGGACGCCCUGGUGAACGCCGUGGUGGACUUCGUGAGCGCCUACAAGAGCAACGUGUCGAACCUGCAGCACUCGGGCCUCGUCGUCCCGGCCUCCAUGCGCCUCUUCGCCAUCUACAUCCUCGCUCUCCUCAAACAGAAAGCUCUGCGGACGGGCACCAGCACGCGGCUGGACGAACGCGUCUUCGCCAUGUGUGAGUUCAAGUCGCAGCCGCUGCAGCAGCUGAUGAGGAUGGUUCAUCCUGACCUGUACAGACUGGACAACAUUUCUGACCAGGGGGCGCUCCAUCUGAACGACACCGUGGUUCCCCAGCCUCCUCUGCUCCACCUGUCUGCAGAGCGGCUGAGCAGAGACGGAGCUUUCCUCAUGGACUGCGGCCACGUGUUUUACCUGUGGGUCGGCAAAUGCUGCAACGAAAUGUUCAUCCGUGACGUUCUGGGCUACCCCAACUACGCCUCCAUCCCCCCCAACAUGAGUCACAUUCCCGAGCUGGAGACUACUCUGUCCGAGAGGGUGCGUUCGUUCCUCGACUGGCUUCAGGACAACAGAGCGUUCAGCUCCACGAUACAUGUCGUCAAAGACGACGCCUCGGCCAAAGCCACUUUGUUCCAGCACCUGGUGGAGGACCGGUCCGAGUCGGCGUCGUCCUACCAAGAAUUCCUGCAGCACGUUCAGCAGCAAGUCUCCAAGUAGCGGGCGUCCCGGUCGCCGCGAGAGAAGCUGUUUAGAUCCCUGAAAACAAAGAGCGAGGAAAAGGACCUCGGCCUCCUCGAGUGAAAACUAGCGUUAGCAGUGAUCCGUCGCUCCCUCAGACCAGUUUUAAAGAGGUGGGUGUCCUCCUCUGACUUUCUUUUGUUUUUAAAACGAGACUCUUUAAAUAAAAAAACCUGGUCGGUCAGCUGUGAUCAGACCCGUCAGAAGCAGAGGAGGAGGUAGUUACAGGAGGAAAUAAAUAGAUGAAUGAGUGAAUGAAUGAUGGGGGUUUAUUACAAGUUGAAUUAUUGAAAGACGCUCCUGCAGGGGGCGCCUCGCUGCCUCGUAAACCACUGUCGAAACCUGUUCUCGUCAAAUCCAUCUCCAAAGAGAAGGGGAAAGAAAAUCGAGCCAAGAAGAUGCCACUUCGUCACGUUUUUUGUUUUUUUGUUUUUUAGUUCAGUCUGUUUUUGUAGCUAGAUUGUAGCUAGAGCUUCUUCUUUUUUUUUUCUUAAUUUUUUCUUUUUUGUUGUUUUUUAAUUUAUUCCCUUCCAUCCACUCUGUUUAAUUUUUGUUUUCGAAUACACUGGAGACCAGAAACGAGAGUUUGGCAUGCGCUUUCCAAACGCAUGUCACAGUUUUGGCUGCUGCUGCUGCUGCUAGACUAUCGGGACAUCGUUUUUUUAAAAAAAAACAAAUUAAUGGAUAAAUAAAAACUCCCGUCGGUCGUCUUCGUCUUCUCUGCUUCACUGUCCACAAACUUCUCCCGCCGCCACCACCAUCGCCAUCACCCCGUUGUCGUCGGCAAUCUUCUUCUCACUUGUUUUAUUUUUCCAGGCGCUAACUGAAGUUGCUAUCCACUUUGUAACUACUGAAGAGAAUCUUUUAUGUGCGAUAAUUUAUGAACCAGCUUAUUAAAUAAAUGCAAAAAAAACCCACAA